ACAUUCGAUGCAAUUGAUGGUAAACAAGCAAGAAGAACUAAUACGAGUUCUCCAUUAGGGCAACUGUUUGAUCAUGGAUGUGACUCAAUAACAUCAUCUUUAUUUAUUUUUAUUGUUGGAAAAGUGGCUGAUUUACCAAAAGGAUUAAUUUACUACAUUUUGUUAUCCUCAAUUCAACUUCAAACAUACUUAUUUUCGUGGGUAGAAUAUCACACAAGAGUAUACAACACAUCAAUAGGGAGAUUUGGAAUAACUGAAGCUCAUGUUAUAGUUAUAUCUAUUUGCAUAUUACGUGGAAUUAAAGGAGUAGGAAUAUUUAAUACAACUGUCAAUGACAUAUUACCAGAAAAUAUCCGCAAAUUUUUAUGUGAAUAUAUGUUAGGUGUAAAAUUAAAUUAUCUUAUAUUAAUUCCAGUGUCUUUUUUUAUUUUGCUUACAAUUUCAAGAAGUAUAUAUAUGGGAUUGCAACAUGCGAAGAAAAAAAGAGAAGCUUUAAGCCAAUUAGCAAUAUUUUAUAUUUUUGUCUUUAUACAAUACUAUUUCUAUAAAUCACCUUUAACAGUUAAGCAUGAGCUAAUAUGUUUCUUAAUAAUAUCUUUGUAUUCAAGUGUUUAUACUUUACAUAUGAAUUUAUCGAGUGUUUUAAAAAUUCAAAUGGAAUUAUUUCCUUCACCUACGAUAUUUUAUUAUAUUUCAAUACUUGUAUUAUUAUUAAAGCAAUCAACAAAUUAUCAGUUCUUAACUAUCUUCAUAUUUAAAGAUAUAUUUAUAUUAAGUUGUAUGUUGAUAUUUAUUAUAAUUUAUUUAUUAGAUUAUGCUAAUACAAUAAUAUCUAAUGUUUGUAGAGAACUCAACAUUAAUUUUUUAUUUAACAAAAAGAUUAAAACAAAAUAA